AUGUCAUCAACCUCGCCUUCAAAGGAACCCGAUGUUGACCCGGGGGCGCAAUCAGGAGAGGAGCAAGACCACUUAGACAAGGAUCAUCACGAUGCGCAUGGACACCAAGGCGAGUUUGAGGUGAAGGAACAGGAUCGGUGGCUUCCCAUUGCCAAUGUGGCUCGGAUCAUGAAGCUUGCCCUUCCAGACAAUGCAAAGAUCGCAAAAGAAGCCAAGGAAUGCAUGCAGGAAUGUGUGAGCGAGUACAUCUCAUUUAUCACAAGUGAAGCAUCGGAGAAAUGUCAACAGGAGAAGCGCAAAACAGUCAAUGGUGAAGAUAUUCUCUUUGCCAUGACUUCGCUUGGCUUCGAGAAUUACGCUGAAGCACUCAAGAUCUAUCUAUCCAAGUACCGUGAAACCCAGUCGGCCCGCGGCGACAAUCAGAGACCUCCAAGUGCUGGUUAUGGAGCUGGAGGACCGGUCGUUGGCCAGGGCGGAAAUGGAGCUGGACUAGCUCGUCCAGCGGGAUUCACCAAUGCGGAAGGUGCAAACGCAAUGUCGAAUCUCAAUCUUGAUCCGUCUGAGCAAGACGCCUCUGCCUACGGUUAUCCGCCCAUAGUUGGCCAGUCUCACAACGGUGCAAGCGGCGAGUCAUACUAG